UAAGAAGCCACACGGGCGACGGGCUCGAGCUAGGGCGCGCGACAGCGGACGGCGAGGCCUGUGUGCGCCGCCCUCUCGGCUCUCCUGUCAGGAGCUCGGCUCUCCUGUCAGGGGCUCCGCAGCCCUCGCCUCGGCUUCCCCGUCACCCGCGCGCUCUCUCGCCUCUCCUCAGCCCGCCGGCCGGGAACUCGCGCGCUCGGCUCCCGAGGGGUUGGGCCAUGGGGCCCUCCCGGGAGCAGCCCGGCGCCGCGCGGGGAACUAGCGAGGCACCGCCGCCCGGGCCCGCGCCCGUGGGGGACGCCACGCUGCCCAGACCAGGACCCUCGAACGACUCCGAGGCGACUGCCGAGAAGGUGGAGGUGGAACUGGCGGGGCCAGAAGCGCGGGAGCCCCCCGAGGGCGGCUGGGGCUGGCUGGUGAUGUUGGCGGCUAUGUGGUGCAACGGGUCGGUGUUCGGCAUCCAGAACGCCUGUGGGCUGCUCUUCGUGUCCAUGCUCGAGACCUUCGGGUCCGAGGACGAUGACAAGAUGAUCUUCAAGACAGCAUGGGUGAGCUCUCUGUCCAUGGGGAUGAUUUUCCUUUGCUGCCCUAUAGUCAGCGUCUUCACAGACAUCAUUGGUUGUCGGAAAACAGCUGUUAUAGGUGCUGCUGUGGGAUUCAUUGGACUCAUGUCCAGUUCUUUUGUAAGCUCCAUCGAGCCUUUGUACCUUACCUAUGGGAUCAUAUUUGCCUGUGGCUGCUCCUUCGCAUACCAGCCCUCGCUGGUCAUUCUGGGACACUACUUCAAGAAGCGCCUUGGACUUGUGAAUGGCAUUGUCACAGCUGGCAGCAGUCUCUUCACAAUUCUGCUCCCUUUGCUUUUAAAGGUUCUGAUAGAAGAUCUGGGCCUCUUUAAUACACUGAGAGUCCUCUGCAUCUUCAUGUUUGUUCUCAUUCUAGCUGGCUUUACUUACCGACCUCUUGAUUCCAGUGACAAGGAUAAACAGAGCAACAGAUUCUCCCUUUUUUCCAGGAAAAAAUUCAGUCCUCAAAAAAAAAUUUUCAAUUUUGCCAUCUUCAAGGUAACAGCUUAUGCCGUGUGGGCAGUUGGAAUACCACUCGCACUCUUCGGCUACUUUGUGCCUUACGUUCACUUGAUGAAGCACGUGAAUGAAACAUUUCAAGAAGCAAAAAAUAAAGAGGUGGCUCUCAUGAGCAUUGGCAUCACUUCCGGAGUCGGACGGCUUCUCUUCGGCCGGAUUGCAGAUUACGUCCCUGGUGUGAAAAAGGUUUACCUACAGGUACUGUCAUUUUUCUUCAUCGGUCUGAUGUCCAUGAUGAUACCCCUGUGCAGGUUCUUUGGGGCCCUGAUUGCUGUCUGUCUCAUCAUGGGUCUCUUUGAUGGAUGCUUCAUUUCCAUCAUGGCCCCCAUUGCCUUUGCAUUGGUUGGGGCCCAGGAUGUUUCCCAAGCAAUUGGAUUCCUGCUCGGACUCAUGUCAAUACCUAUGACCGUUGGCCCACCAGUUGCAGGGUUACUCCGUGACAAGUUGGGUUCCUAUAACGUGGCGUUCUACCUCGCGGGAGUCCCUCCCCUUAUUGGAGGUGCUAUUCUUUGUUUUAUCCCAUGGAUCCACAGUAGGAAGCAGAGAAAGAUCCAGAAAGCCACUGGAGGAGAAAAGAUGGAGAAGAUGCUGGGGAAUGAGAACUCUCUGGUGUCAAGCUCAUCUGAAAUCUUCAAGAAAGACUCAGAUUCUGUUAUUUAAUGUCUUAUAUACCUCCACCAGACUGGACUUGCUUUUGAAUUCUAAGCAAGUUUUCAUUUUAUAUGAAUUGCAAAUUUCUUAUUUUUUUAAUCACAUCCUUGGAAUAGCACAACAUGUUUUCUUCCACCAAGUAGCUAUCUGAUAUUUCCAAAAAUCUGAGGGAAGAGACUCUGUUACAAGAAAACAUGUCCUAAAGUCAAAUACUGUUGAAGAUUUGAAGCUAUCUCUGUAAAAGGCAACUCUGGAACUGUGAAUACUAUUUAAGCCUGUAAAAUAUUUUAAAAUACCUCAAGCUAUACCGGAAGGGUUACAGUUUGGUUAGAACUGGAAAUACUUUGUUUGUUGUCUCACGUAGUGUCUUAAGCUCCGGUACUUCUGUUUUAAAUUCUACUCUUUGGAAACAUUUUGUGAAAUGUACGCCUGUACUCUAGGCAACACCUAAACUGCAGAACUAUGUGAAAAUUGCCCUCCUGCUGCUCACUAAGCUGCGGAAUUAGGGUAUUGUGAUUUGUUCCAGGGUGGGGUGACCUGGGAGCAGAUGCUAGUGGUGUAUUUAACCUGAAUGUGUGAGGAGAGGAGGCUCCUUCUGAAGGGGAAGAGCAGUUUGCCUCCACAUGUGUUUGCUUCAUUUGUCUUUGCAGUGUGUUUUGCUCAAGUAGUCAAAACAUCCCAAACUUACAAUUUUGUUAAAACAAUAAAAUACAACAGAAUGCAUGAAAGCUAUUCUGAAAAUUAACUAAGAA